AUGGCAACAACUGCGGGCCCGGAAGUGCCUCAGACGGAGCGAGUGACUCCCGAUUUCAAACCGCAGCAGCUCUCAUUUCCCCUGCCCAGAGCUUUACAUACAACGGGACAUGUGCACUUAACCUUCUUGGAUCAUUGCAUUAUGGCAUUCUUGACCACGUCCACUCCUGGUGACUCGGCUGGGACUGUCAAGCCUCUGGGGAGCUUUGUUUAUGCCAUGCCGGAUCGGACAUCAUCAAACUCGACAAUAGCCACCACUAUCUACACAUCUGCAUCAAGCAUUGAGUACACGACACGGGUGGCUAAAAUUGUUGCUCGACGGACCAAGAAGCCUGUCUACGUCGGGUGCAGCAUUGACCCUAAUGCACACGGCAUGUCAGUCGAGGAGGAAAUGGAGGGAUUGAGAAAGAUUGUGGAAGUUAUCGUGGAGAAGUAUGAGGCGCAGCGGAAGCAGUGA